UAGAGUUGGAAAUUCUCCCCAACUGAAUAGUCAGUCACGGGGAUUCCACUCAGUUAAGCACCUCGCAUUCAUCCCUUAAACCUCUAGGUUGUCGAGCAUAGCAUCCCGACAAAAUCAUGGCCAUCGACGACGAAAGAAAACGCAUUGAAGAUGAGAGGAAGAGGAAGCAGGCGGAGACCGACAGAAAACGCGCGGAAGUUCGCGCGCGCCUUGAAGAGGCGUCCAAGGCCAAAAAAGCCAAGAAGGGGUUCAUGACCCCAGAGAGGAAGAAGAAGCUGAGGUUGUUGCUGCGUAAAAAAGCCGCUGAGGAGCUGAAGAAGGAGCAGGAGAGGAAAGCAGCUGAGAGGAGACGCAUAAUUGAACAACGCUGUGGAAAAUCCAGACCCGUGGAUGAUGCCAACGAAGAGACACUCAAGCGCGUUCUACGUGAGUACCAUCAAAGAAUCUGCCAAUUGGAGGACCAAAAGUUCGACAUCGAGUACAUUGUCAAGAGGAAGGACUUUGAGAUCAACGAUCUGAACAGCCAGGUUAACGACCUCCGAGGUAAAUUUAUGAAGCCAACCCUGAAGAAGGUCUCGAAAUACGAGAGCAAAUUCGCUAAACUCCAGAAGAAAGCGGCGGAAUUCAACUUCCGUAAUCAACUGAAGCAGGUGAAAAAGAAGGAGUUCACCCUCGAGGAAGAGGACAAAGAGCCGAAGAAAUCGGAGAAAGCCGAGUGGCAGACGAAGAAGUAGAUCCUCCAAAUGUCAGAGUGGACACCAAGACUCGAUAUAAUAAUACCAUAAAUAAUAAAAUACAUGAUAAUUUUGCCAAGUACCUCUCGAACGCUUGUUCCCCACCACAAUCUCUAUUGUUAAUUACCACUGGAUGAAAACAGGCAGCAAGCAACCCGAAACAUGGAAAUCGAUUCCAAAUUGAUCAUUUUUUUUUUCAGAUUAUUGACGAACAAAUUGGCAUGACAUUUUAUUUUUGAAUUUUUUUAACACAAAAACCACUAGUACCAGAGUAAAUGUCAGAGUGCUUACGCCUAGUUCUAUGAAUAAUAUAAAUACAUUAUUUACUGUA